UUUAACCCAGCUGUUUACUCUCCCGUUCGCUCCAUCCGCCAAGGAGGAGGAGGAGGCGGCAGAGUCAGUCCACGGUGGCAGAAGGCCUGACGGGUAGCACGAGCACCUGAACACCAACCAGAAGAAAGAAAAAGGAGAAGAACAAGGACUAGGAGAGCAAAAGUGGCACAAAGCCAAUGCGGCCAGCCAGGAGGAAACAAGAAGAAGAAAAAAACGAAGAAGGAGGCGCGUGGGGGCAGGCGGGAGAAGGAGAACCAGGGAGGACACAUGCUGGCAAAGUGAGCCACACCUGAAACCAACCACACCAGGGACUCGGAGAAGUGGAAGCGGAAGAAGACGGACAAGCCGGUGGCAGCGAGCCAAACAGGGAGGGAGGGAGGGAGGGAGGGAGGGAGGGUGGAAAAAAGCAAAAGGAGCCAGCAGAAACAAAUUAGAAGAAGGCUCAAUCCGCCACCAUUGGCCACAAGCCAAGCCAGAGACGGAAGAAACACCUGAACAAGCAGCAGGAGGCCAAGCUGGGAGCAGGAGAAGGAGGAGCUCAGGAGGCGCACCACAAGGCUGCGGGGAGCAGCUCCACGCCCGCCCACCGAGCGGCGAGGAGACGGACAAGGAGGGAGCGUGCCGCCUGACCGCCAUGGAUUUUAAGGCCAACUUGAAGGGGGUCAAGGCCAAGAUGGAGGACGAGCAGCGCAAGGCGGCCAGCGGUGCCGCCGCGCAGGUGGACUUCCGCGCCGUGCUGGGCAAGAAGGGUGGCGGCGCCAACAAGGCCGCCGGCCCGCCCCAGGCGCCCGCCAAGAAGAACGCGCUCGCUGCCGUCGACGACAAGAAGACAGGCGGCGUGGACAAGAACGGCGAUGGCGGCGAAGUGGUCAACAACUGCCUGAAGGACGGCAGCGGCGCCAAGUUCACCGAGAAGCUGGGCGACGUGACGGUUCUGGACGGCCAGCGCCUGCAUCUGCAGUGCCGACUGGACCCGGCCUGCGAUGACGUCGACGCAAGCUGGACGCUUGACGGAAAACUUAUCAAAGCCUCCAAGUUCAUCGUGAUCAAAAACCAAGGCGGCGUGUGCUCGCUGAGCAUCGACAAGGCCCUGCCCGAGGACGAAGGCGAGUACAAAUGCAAGGUGGAGAACUCGGCGGGCCGGGCCGAAUGUUCUUGUUUGGUUCUGGUGGACGAUCCUCCGGAAAAGUCUGCGGCUGACAAGGAGUCCAACAAGAAGAAGAAGACGGCGGCCACCUCCGAGAGUGAAGCUCGAAUAAAGAAGCCUACAGCCAAGACACCUCCCAAGCAAGCGCUGCCUCCUCACAUCGUUCAGUUCCCGGAGGACAUGAAGAUCCUGGCAGGGGAGAAGGUGGAGAUCCUCUGCAAGUUCUCCGGAGCCCCGCCCAUCAGCUGCACUUGGCUCAAGUUCAGGAAGCCGAUCCAGGAAGGCGCGGCGGGGACGUCCAUCUUCAGUACGGACGGCAGCAGCCUGCUGACCAUCGCCAGUGGACAGCAGGAGCACUGCGGAUGCUACACGGUGGAGCUGAGGAACCAAUAUGGCCUCCGGCAGGCCGCGCUCAACCUGACCAUCGUGGACAAGCCGGACCCGCCCGCAAAGGUGCCGGCCUUGUCGGACGUGAGACGUUCCAGUCUGACGCUGUCCUGGUACGGUCCCACCUACGACGGCGGGAGUGCCGUCCAGACCUACCACCUGGAGAUAUACAACUCUGUGGAGCAGAAGUGGACGCCGCUCGUGUCCUGCAACAGCACAUCCUACAAUGUCCAAAACCUUCUUCCGGAGCGCCGAUAUAAGUUCCGAAUCCGAGCGGAGAACGUCUACGGCGUCAGCGAGCCGAGCGCCGAGUCGGAGGACGUCGCCGUGGCGGACGACGACGAGAACCAGGAGGAGGCGGAGGAGGACGAAGACGACUCGGAGAAGGAGCCCGACUACAGGCAGGUGACGGUGCGAACGGACGUGAAGGUGAAGGAGCUGUACGACGUGGAGGAGAGGCUGGGAACGGGCAAGUUUGGCCAGGUGUUCAAGCUCGUGGAGAAGGCCACCAAGAAGGUUUGGGCGGGCAAGUUCAUCAAGGCCUACUCGGUCAAGGACAAAGACAACGUUCGGCAAGAGAUCGGUAUCAUGAACAGCCUCCAUCAUCCCAAGCUGGUCCAGUGCGUGGACGCCUUCGAGGGGAAGUCGGACAUCGUGGUGGUGCUGGAGAUGAUCUCCGGCGGCGAGCUGUUUGAGCGCAUCAUCGACGAGGACUUUGAGCUGUCGGAGCGCGAGGUGAUCAAGUACAUGCUGCAGAUCGUGGACGGGGUGGGCUUCAUCCACAAGCAGGGCAUCGUGCAUCUGGACCUCAAACCCGAGAACAUCAUGUGCGUCAACAAGACCGGCAGCAAGAUCAAACUCAUCGACUUUGGCCUGGCCAGGCGUCUAGAAAACGCGGGAACCCUCAAAGUUUUGUUCGGAACGCCUGAGUUUGUGGCGCCCGAAGUCAUCAACUACGAAGCCAUCGGUUACCCCACCGACAUGUGGAGCAUCGGCGUCAUCUGCUACAUUCUGCUGAGCGGCCUGUCGCCCUUCAUGGGCGACAACGACAACGAGACGCUGGCCAACGUGACUUCGGCCACGUGGGACUUUGAGGACGAGGCCUUCGACGAGAUCUCGGACGACGCCAAGGACUUCAUCACUCGGCUGCUCAAAAAGGACAUGAAGGCGCGUCUGAGCUGCCCCCAGUGUCUGGAGCACAGCUGGCUCAAGCAGGACACCAACACCAUGAAAGCCAAGAAGCUGUCCAAGGAGAGGAUGAAAAAGUACAUCUUGAGGCGCAAGUGGCAGAAAACAGGGCACGCCAUAAAGGCCAUCGGCAGACUGUCGUCCAUGGCCAUGAUGGCGGGGCUCCACGCCAAGAGGGGUUCGCCCACCGAAGACGACAACCGCUUCCUGGAGUGCUUGGAGCCGGAGCAGAAGGCCGAGAGCAAGCCCACCUUCAGCGCCGUUAUCCGCGACGUGGAGGUGGUGGAGGGCAGCGCCGCACGCUUUGACUGCAAGAUCGAAGGUUACCCCGACCCGGAGGUGGUGUGGUACAAGGACGAGCAGCCCAUCAAGGAGACCAGGCAUUUCCAGAUCGACUACGACGAGGACGGCAACUGCAGCCUGGUCAUUUCCGAGGUGUCGGGCGACGACGACGCCAAGUACACGGUGAAGGCUGUCAACGAUCUCGGUGAGGCCACCUGCACCGCUGAGCUGCUGGUUGAGGUCAUGGCUGCUGAGGAGGAAGAGGAGGAGGAGGAGGAGGAGGAGGAGGAGGAGUGAGCUUCACAACCUCCGGACUCUGGUGGGGGAGGAGCCACUCAGGCCGGAAGUGGUGCACUCCUCCAGCCUCUCCGUCAGUACAGUCACCUUGAUUAUUUAUAACCUCAGGCUGCGGCACGUGCGUGUGUGCGCGAAAGCCUUCGAGCCGUCCCGACGCUGCCGACUUUUCCUUUAGCUGCCUUUUUGCUGUGUUCGCGUGCCUUCGCCACAUCCUCGGGAUGACGUCAUCACGGUGUGGCUCUGAUGAUGUCAUCAUGAUGUCAAUAAGAUGAGGACAUUAGGGCUACGGAUCAUUGUUUUCUUCCACUAAUGUGUCAAUCAAAGCAAAACCAAAUAUAAAGUGAGGACGUGACGUCCGCUUUGUAGUAAGUCAGCCAAAUUGAAAGCGGGUACGCGCGCCUUUACCAUUGAGAGGUUAACUCUCCAAAUAUUGGCACCGUUUGGAGUUAAGCAAGGUCUCGAAACGGUGAUCAGAAGAUUUGGCAAUCACUUAGCGGGUUGAGGUGCGUGCGGAUGUCUCCCCGAUGCAGGUGACGGUGGCCGCCUUGUCGCUGGUCCGUGUGACCCAAACGUGGACCUCGCCGCCACCGCCGCCUCACUUUCUUUUAGCACACUCGACACGCCACUCAAACGUUUGCGCACUUUGAUUUGAUUUCACGUUGACGUUUGUCCUACCGUCAGUUGUGUUCCAAGAAGGUUUGUACAAUUCUAUAGCGAGUUUGACACGUACGACAAGAGAGCACAGGUGUACUUUCUCACAUGCAGCCAAUUAAAGAAUCACCCCAAAACA